AUGCUGCACUUCAUCUUCGUCCUCAGUCCGGUGAUGCACCGCACGCACCUCCUCUUCAUGCCGGUGCUACAAGAAACCCGAGGUGCCCAGCAGCCACCACCUGAAGAAGCCGCCGGGACAUCAAGGAGUCGUGGUGAGAUACUGAAGGCCAGGCUCGGGUACAAAAAUAUCAUCAACACCGACCUGGUGGAUGACCCCAUGCUGACGGUUGAGAACAUAAAGACCUUCAAGAGAACCUUCAAGGAACUCACGCACCUGGUCAAUAAGAGUUUAAAAGGGCCCAAAUAUUCCAACACCGGCAUGCUGCCGAUCCGCGAGGCGGACAUGCUGCAGACGGUGCAGGACAAGGAGAGCGAAGCGACCAAGGUCCGGCUCUACCAGCUCAAGCGCAUGGCGAAGGGAGCGGGCGUGCUGGUCAACACCUUCGAUUGGCUGGAGCCCACGGCCCUGAAGGCCCUCCACGACGGCGUCUGCGCGCCCGGCAGACCGACGCCGAGAGUUUACUGCAUCGAGCCUCUGGUCAACGGCGGCAGCAGGGGAGACAGCGGCGGCGAGAGGCACGAGUGCCUGGCGUGGCUGGACGCGCAGCCCAAGCGGAGCGUCGUGUUCCUCUGCUUCGGCAGCAUGGGCGCCUUCUCGGCCGCGCAGCUGCAGGAGAUCGCCCGCGGGUUAGAGAGCUCCGGCCACCGGUUCCUGUGGGCGGUGUCCCCGCGGGAAGAACAGAGCCAGUUCCCCGAGCCGGACUUGGAACGGCUGCUUCCGGCGGGUUUCAUGGAGAGGGCGAGUGGCUGGGGCAUGGUGGUGAAGAACUGGGCGCCACAGUCGGAGGUGGUGGAGCACGAGGCGAUCGCCGCGUUCGUGACGCACAGCGGGUGGAACUCCACGCUGGAGGCAAUCAUGGCUAUGUUGCCGAUGAUAUGCUGGCCCCUGUACGCGGAGCAGAGUAUGAACAAGGCGUUUCUGGUGGAGGAGAUGGAGAUCGCGGUCGAGAUGGAAGGGUACGGGGAGUUUGUCAAGGCGGAGGAGGUGGAGGCGAAGGUGAGGCUGGUGAUGGACACUGAGGAAGGGAAGAUGCUGAGGGAGCGGCUCGCGGUCACCAAGGAGAAGGCCUUGGAGGCUAUCAAGGAAGGCGGGUCUUCUAAAGAGGCAUUCGCAAAGUUUAUCAGAGAUUUGGGGCAGACUAGCAGCUCUUGA